GGAGCAACUAAAGAAAAGACUGCCCUCAGAUAAUAUUUCCAAGGAGAGCCCUGUGCAUGCAUGGACAGGACUGAAGGAGUUUAGACAGUGCUAUGCAAAUAGUCAUGCAUUGCAGAGACUGUCCAGUUUGACCAAUGUACAUGGCAGAAGGGCAUUGCUGGCACAUGAUGGCAUACGUUACUCCUCACCUGUGCAGUAAGCCCCAAAAAUCUAUUAAAGGGCUGCAUGAUAGCAAGACUGAGAAUAAAAGGUCCCUGUGGGCAGCUGAAAUUUCCUGCAGAAGUGAAGAUGGUGACCCGGUUGAUUGGUUUCUUCUUUACAAGUUACCAAAGUAUAUCAGAAAAGAGAGUCCCGGGACUGGACUGGAGUACAUUUACAUGGAUUCUUUGACGCAAGCUUGGCAAUUGAGUAAAUUCCUGAUCAAUAUGACACAGAGUGCCCUGGGGCAAACAUUAAACCAACUUUAUGAAGCUCAUAAAUCCAAGAACGACAGCACUGUCUAUGUGAUAUACAAUGAUGAUGUCCCUCACUCAAAGCAUUACAGCUGGAAACAAGGACACACUAAAGGAUUUCUGCUCUUGGACAAAUCACAAGGUUUCUGGGGGAUUCACAGCAUCCCUCUGUUCCCUCCAUUUCCUGAGGAGGGUUAUGGAUAUCCACCAACUGGAAAGCAAAAUGCACAGAUGGCCAUCUGUAUAACGUUCAGAUAUAACCAGUUUGCAGAAAUAGACAAACAGUUGUUAUGCUACAAUCCAAACAUCUACAACUGCUCCAUCCCUGACAUCUUUCAGCUUGACCUCCCAAAUCUGCAAAAGCUCUGUGUAGGUUCUGCACUGCCUCUAGUCCCUUGGCGCCACCUCUCCAAACUCCAGUCAGCCCAGGGAGAAAACUUCCUCCACUUUGCUAAAUCACGCUUUUUUGUUGAUGAUAUCUACGUAGCCUGGAUGGCUCAACAGUUGCAGACAGAUUUGUUAGCAGAAUCCUGGCAGCAUGAUGGACAGGAGCUUCCCUCAAACUGCUCUCUCCAACACCACGUCUACAACAUAAACCUCAUUAAGACACCAGGGAAUUCCACUUUCCAUUCCUAUUAUGAUCAUUCUAAAUGGUGUGUUUCCUGGAGAUAUGAAGAUCUGUGGACGUGCAUUGGAGACUUAAACCGUGCUCCUCAACAGGCUUGGAGAAGUGGUGGUUUCAUUUGUACCCAGAAUCAGUACAUUUACAAAGCUUUCAGACACAUGAUCUUCCAUUACCAUAGCUGUAAUAACUCCUGAUAUGAAUGAACCACAGUUCUCAAACACUGUACCCACCUAUUACAUAGAGUAUGGAGAUUCCCCUUCAGGUGCAAUUCUGCUCUGAAAAAUGGCAUUGUAAGGUUCCGUGUUUGUCUCUUGAAUCAUUUCUGCAAUA